AUUCACCAGAAAAAGGGACGCUCCUUUGAACCUCGAAUGGAUCGCUUCACUGCUUUGUGUCAGAUUGUUGUCCUCCUUCUGACACACUUUUGUGGAGGUCAGUCUCUGACCAUUUUGGCAAUGGUUGGUGAUGACGUUAUUUUGCCAUGUCACCUGGAACCUGCUGAAGAUGCUUUUUCUAUGACUGUAGAGUGGGCAAGACUUGACUUAAACCCCAGAUUUGUCCACGUGAGACGCGACAGUGCAGAAUUCCUAGCUCAUCAGAAUCCAUCCUACGUUGGGAGAACAUCAGUGUCCAGCACCAAACUGAAACACGGAGACGUUUCACUGAAGCUUUCCAAUGUGAGAUUAUCUGAUGAGGGAAUUUACAGAUGUUAUAUUCCUGGACAGAAAAAAAAAUUGGAGGUCAAGCUAGCUGUAGGUGCCACCUCCCCAAAUAGUAUCAGCUUAGCAGGCAUCCAUGAAGUCAGCGGUGGAAUGAUGUUAGACUGUGAGUCUAAAGGCUGGUAUCCAGAGCCUGAGGUGUUCUGGCUGGACGGUGAGGGAAACCUCCUCUCUGCUGGACCUACAGAGACAGUCAGAGGUCCUGAUGACCUCUAUACUGUCAGCAGAAGAUUGACUGUGGAGAAGAGCGACAACUUCACCUGUAGAGUCCAACAGAAGAACAUCACCCAGACCAGAGAGACACACUUCUAUGUUCCAGAUGAUUUCUUUGUUAUUCAGAGUCGUUUAAGGUUUCUUUCCAUCAUCACUGGUUUGGCUGUUUCUCUUUGCUGCUUUUGUAUUUUUGCUUUUGCCUUUGUUGUCUGGAAAUGGAGACCAAACAAAACAAGGGAUGAAACUGACGUAAAGGAAAGAGAGAUUACCAUAACAUCUAGCAAGGACACAGAACUUCAGUCUUUGAAUGAAAGAAGAAGGGACAGACAGGGAGGAGAAGAGGACAUGACAAGUGAGGGGUCAACUGAGUCUUUGAAUGAAGGAAGAAGGGACAGACAGGACAGGGACAGACAGGGAGGAGAGGAGGACUUGACAAGUGAGUCGGCGACUGAAUUUUUGAAUGAGGAGAUUGAUAAACUUCGUGAAGAACUGAAGAAGAAUCAAGAUGAACAUGAAGAUGUAAAAAAAACACUUCAUGUAUUGACAGAAUGUAAAAUGAACCUGGAUUUUUUUCCAAAAGAACUUGAACUCCUGUCCAGCUGGAUUGACAAACAGAUCAUUAAUAAUAAGUCAGAGCUGGAUGCUUCCUGGAGGCAGUGGUAUAAAGACAAGUAUGAAGCCAUCAUAAGAGAUCUGAAGAAGAGAAAGGAAGUGAAUGAAACACUGCUGCAGAAAACAAAGAAAGUACUUCAAAGAACAAAUGAUCAGAUUUCCCAGACAACAAAAAAGAAACGUGAACUAGAGGAGCGAAUUAAGAAAUGUCUGGAAGAGAUGAAAAAACAGACAAAUGCGAUUUAGGAGAAAAGACAGAUAAAAAUGUUUAAAGUGAAAAAUCUGAUGGAACCUAAAUACUAUGUGUAUAUAUACAGUAUAUACCACAGAACAAAUGAAAAUUAUUUCCUGAGGUCAUAAAAUGUAUGCAGACAACCACAGUUUAAGAAUGAAAGAACA